AUGGACACAAGUUUACAUCAACGGAUUCACACAGGGGAAAAACCUUUUCAAUGCAGGGAGUGUGGAAAGAGCUUCAGUCAGAAUGGAAACCUGAAAUUACACCAACGGACUCACACGGGUGAAAAACCAUAUGAAUGUAUGGAGUGUGGAAAGAGCUUUAGUGAUAGUGGAAGCCUUAGAACACAUCAACGGACUCACACAGGGGAGAAACCACAUAAAUGCACAGAGUGCGGAAAGAACUUCAGUCAGAGUGGAACACUUAAAAAACAUCAACAGACUCACACAGGGGAAAAACCUUUUAAUUGUAUGGAAUGUGGAAUGAGCUUCAGUCAGAAUGUGAAGCUUAGAAUACAUCAAAAGACUCACACAGGGGAGAAACCAUUUAAAUGCAUGGAGUGUGGAAAGAACUUCAGUCAGAGUGGACACUUAAGUUUACAUCAACGGAUUCACACAGGGGAAAAACCUUUUCAAUGUAUGGAGUGUGGAAAGAGCUUCAUUGAGAGUGGACUCCUCAAUAGACAUCAACGGACUCAUACAGGGGAGAAACCAUUUAAAUGUAUAGAGUGUGGAAAGAGCUUCAAUUGCAGUACAAACCUUAGAAUACAUCAACGGACUCACACAGGUGAAAAACCAUAUGAAUGUAUGGAGUGUGGAAAGAACUUUAAUAAUAGUGGAAGCCUUAGAACACAUCAGGAGACUCACACAGGGGAAAAACCUUUUAAAUGUAUGGAAUGUGGAAUGAGGUUCAGUCAGAAUGGAAAGCUUAGAACACAUCAACGGAUUCACACAGGGGAGAAACCAUUUAAAUGCAUGGAGUGUGGAAAGAGCUUCAGUCAGAAUGGAAGCCUUAAAUUACACCACCGGACUCACACAGGUGAAAAACCAUAUGAAUGUAUGGAGUGUGGAAAGAACUUUAAUAUAAUAGUGGAAGCCUUAGAAUACAUCAGGAGACUCACAUCGGUAAGAAACGAUUUAAAUGCAUCGAGUGUGGAAAAAGCUUCAGUCAGAGUGGACACUUUAGACAACAUCAACGGAUUCACACAGGGGAGAAACCAUUUAAAUGUGUGGAGUGCGGAAAGAGUUUUUGUGAGAAUGGAAAGCUGAAAUUACACCAGCAGACUCAUACGGGUGAAAAGCCAUAUGAAUGUAUGGAGUGUGGAAAGAACUUCAUUCAUAUAGGAACCCUUAGAUCACAUCAACGGACUCACACAGGGGGGAAACCAUAUGAAUGUAUGGAGUGUGGAAAGAGCUUCAGUCAGAGUGGACACCUUAGACAACAUAAACAGACUCACACAGGGGACAAACCAUUUAAAUACAUGGAGUGUGGAAAGAGCUUCAGUCAGAAUGGAAGCCUUAAAUUACACCAGCGAACUCACACUGGUGAAAAACCAUAUAAAUGUAUGGAGUGUGAAAGAGCUUCAGUCAGAGUGGACACCUUAGACAACAUCAACAUCAACACAGGGGAGAAACCAUUUAAAUGUAUGGAAUGCGAAAAGAGCUUCAGUUUCAAUGCAAAUCUUAUAACACAUCAAUGGACACACAUGGGAGAAACCAUUCAAAUGUAUGGGGUAUGGAAAGAGCGUCAGUCAGUGGACUCCUCAAUCGACAUCAACGGAUGCACACAGGGGAGAGAUCUUUUUAUUGAAUGA